CAGAUACGAACCAAGCAAACGAGCACCGGCAUUCAUCAAUGAUUCCUUACGUUCGGAAUUUCACAAGAAAUUUAUGGAUAAGUACAUUAAGUAGAUUAUAAUAAGCAUAACAAUAUAAGAUCGCGCAAUGACUCCUCCAUAUAUCAGAAUAAAUUUUGCUGGUAAAUUUAGUCAGUGUGUUUGUAUUCAUUCCAGGAAGUUCAAAUUAAAUUUUUGUCCUCAGAAAAAAAUGGUUCUGAAUUCAGUGCGACUCUUUGCAGCAAUUUAUCGAUUCUUGCUACUUCUGCCAAUGUCUAGGGAUUCCGGAAAGUCCUUCUUACGCAGUCGAAGUCUUACAUUCAUUAAUAGUUCCUGCGUCAUCUACUAUUGGAUUGGUUUUAUUGUUAGCCUGUCCACACAGGAUAUUAAGACGAAUCUCAUUUCCAAAACAUCCAAUGCCAUACAACUCCUUGUCAAUGCUCUCGGCUUCACAGUAGUCAUCCUGAAUCCAUGUAUCCGCUUCUCCUGCUUCCAGGAAAUACUCGUGCACAUUCAAACCCUAGAAGUUCGUCUCCUGACUAAUGGAAUUUUCUUCAAGGAUGGGAAAAUUCGUCGGAAUGCCUUAAUUUUCUUCAUCAUCCCCACAAUCUUUCUCCUCUACAUUCUCAUCUUUGAUUCAAUCCUCACUUUUAAAGUCCAGAAAACCCUCGGCAUCCUCUAUUGGAUAAUUAGCAUUAUUCCCUUUAAUUUCAUCCUUUUCACAAAUAUCCAACUCUGCCUAUUCCUCCUUCUAAUUCGAACGAUCCUCAAACGAUGCACGGAAAUCCUGGCCAGAGAGCUGUACACACCCCCGGCAAAAGUAUUUGUGGGAUCUAGCGAAAGACGACAACCAACCCUCAUUCCUGGCAUCUUCUACAUCCUGACUGAUGUGAUUGAUCUCUCUGAGCUCGUAAACACGUACUUUGGACCAAUUUUCUUGAUCACCUUCUCAUCAAUCUUCGUCACAAGUAGCAUCCAGUUAUACUACAUCUACAUAGUCCUCACGGCAGUAGAUGAUGAAAGCCCUUGGGAUAAUUUGAAGAUUUUUUCCUUCGUGGGAAGCAUUAAUAUUGUCUUUCCAAAUUUAAUUCUCUGCAUAACAGUGACGUGGCUUUGUCAGGGAAUCAGGAAUGUCUCAAGGAAAAAUGUUGUGCUUAUACAGAAACUCCAGAAUCGAGGAUCAAGGGAUCUUUUACCAGUUGAAAUUCAAAAAAUCGUUGCUGCUCUACCCUAUUGCACGAAUGAGAUAACAUUUAGUGCCAUGGAUUGCUUCAAGAUUGACCUUAACAUGUUGGUUGGGAUGUUUGGUACGAUCCUAACGUACCUCGUGAUUUUCAUUCAAUUUUCCAACAUCUACGGUGUUGGGUAUGACAUGACUCACCUGAUGAGGAGUGGCCUUACACGAGAUUCUAAGUCUAAUAUGUAAGAAAGAAAAGGAGUGUGAGAAGGGAAUGUAAUUUAUGUGUGCAUAUGUUAUUUUCUCACAAACUUUGGUAACAACAGCAGUUUAACUCGCAUUAAGCCCUUUUCUAUAAUACUCUUAAAUUCCAAAAUUGCAUCCAUUUUCCGCUCAAUUAGUUACGAGCAUUACGCGGCAUCUGACCACGAUGGACUUUCUUGCCUUCUCUGGGAGCUUUUUCAAGCAAUUUCGCAUUUUUGGAGUGCAUCCCAUCAAUAGGAUCAUUGGUGGUGGUGGGAAGAAUACUCCUGAAUCCUUUAGGGAUGUAGCAAGGGAUAAAUGGAGUACAGUAUUGGUGGUUAUCUUGCUGACGAUCUACUGGUUUGGCAUUGUAAUGUCCUUUUUCAUGGAUCACAAAGGAAACGACAAGAUUUCAGCCAUUUCCAAUAUCAUCCAACUCAUCCUCAAUGCUGUUGCCCUCACAACGAUCCUCACCAAUGGACUACUCAAAUUUCGCACCUUUGAUAACAUUCUACAGGAAUUUGCAUUGAUUGAUGAGAAUCUCAGAGGUGUGGGAAGAGCCAUAAAGUACCAUCGCUCAUUGAUCCUCUCACGAAGCAUUCUUUUGACGUUCAUCGGCUAUUUGAUCCUCUCAAUUGUCUUUGAUUGCUACGUUACGGUGAUACGGUACGAAAUGACUCCAAUUUGGUACUGGAUUGUCGCUACUCUACCUUCAGUUGUCUACUCUAUGUGCCUCCUGCAAGCCAUGUUCAUCAUCACGUGGAUCUCUACACGAUGCCAUCUCGUCAAUUCCAUCCUCCGUCAUGAUGCGAGAGCGCGCUACCUUAAAUCCCUCCCAACUGUGCUCUCCAUUACGG